GGCGGUCACACAGACGCAAAUGUAAAAGUAGCAGCUCCAACUGUUGCCCGGACUAACCCACUCUGCAUCCACGUCUGUCACACUCUGACACAGACUGCUGCUCACCGGGCUCAAAGCGGAAAGUGAGCGAAGAGGUGAAACGUUUACGCACCAGGUUUUCAGUCCGGAUAUUUGGCACAUCUUUAGAGUCGACCUUGGAUAGUUUUGAACAUUUUGCUGCACUCUUUGGGAUUUUCAAUUUCCAUCUAUUUCAGCGUAAAUUGCAGCUGUGAAGAUGUUCUCUACGCACCUGUUCCUGAUUGUAAAUUGUUUCCUGGGUGUCGCAUCGGUUUGGACCGUGAAAGGUAGUUCUGGGGGCGCGCAAGACAGGAGCGUCCUCCAGUCCUUGUUGGAUCCGUUUUCAGAUGACUUGGAUCAGGACAUGCUCUCCAAACACAUGUUUAAACUGUACGAGAAGUACAACAGAGAAAAUCGCCUCAGGGAAGGAAACACUGUCAGAAGUUUCAGAGCCAUCCCAGAUUCUUCUGAUCACAGGACAGUGUACUGGCUAAACCUUACAACCCUUCAGGACUCAGAGGUCAUCCUGUCUGCUACAUUUCACUUCCUGCAUGAGCGACGUCCUCCUCAAAAACCGUGGUUCUGUAAACGCUUUAAGGGCCCGUCUUGCCAUUCUUCAGACAUCCACCCUUCUCCGUCCAUCAGCCUGCUCCUUCGCUCUGUCUCCUCAGGGUCAGAGAUCAGCUCUAGGUCAAAGGGGUCUUUUCUAGGCAAUGUAACCUUCCACCCCCACAGGAGAGGGGUGUGGCAGAUGAAAGAUGUGACCCAGGUCAUAAAAGAGGCACAGGACAAGGGUCAUCUUCUAAUAUCAGUGGAGUUGGACUUUGGGCAGCAGUACCAAAGGAAACCAGAGGAGGUGCUGUCUGUCGGCAAUCUGCCCUACCUUUUACUUUAUGCCAAUGACCAAGCUUUGAUGGAGCCCAACAGCGUGGCUGCAAGCCUUCAGAGAUAUGACCCAUCCCCUGAGGGAGGAGAGCCCUCACAUUCCUCACCGUCCUCUCACCUCCUGCACAAGCCUAAUUCCUCACCAGAGUCGAAAGGACGUGUGAGAAGAGAAGCCAUUCUGCUCCCUGACCCCAUUCAGAACAAUGAGCUGCCUGAGGUUGAGUACAAGCCUGAUGGAUACAGGAAGGAUGACCUUUGGGAAAGCACUUGGUACCUGGCAUUCAAACCAAAGCUGAAAUCAGGAAGGAAAGAAAAGAAAAGAAAGAGCCAUGAGGAAGAAGGUAUGGAGAAAGGAAAAGGAACACAUCACAGAAAAGAAUCUGAGGCUCACAGAGAAGCAGAGAGAACAUCACAGGGGCAUCACCUCGAUGAAUCAAGUGCGAAAAAGCCUAGCAACAAAGACAUUCCCACUCCAUCUAUAGGCCAUGAGCGAAAGGACGAGCAGAGAAGUGAUGGGAAAAAGCACAAGGCCAGUGCAAACCCUCAAUCACCUGUUCUGAAUUUUGAUGAAAAAACAAUGCGAAAGGCCAGACGGAGGCAGUGGGGUGAAACCCAGCACAGAAGUUGCUCCAGAAGGAACCUCCGAGUGGAUUUUGCAGAUAUUGGCUGGAGUGAAUGGGUCAUUGCACCCAAGGCGUUUGAUGCCUACUACUGUGCUGGCACAUGCGGAUUUCCCAUGCCCAAGGUUGUGAGGCCGUCUAACCAUGCCACCAUCCAGAGCAUAGUUCGAGCUGUUGGGAUCAUCCCUGGGGUUCCAGAGCCCUGUUGUGUCCCAGAGAAGAUGAGUCCUCUGGCUGUGCUCUACCAGGAUGAAUCCAGCAACCCAGUGCUGAAAGUUUACCCCAAUAUGUCCGUCCAGUCCUGCUCCUGCAGAUAGGAAGGGAGGGAAAAGGACAAAGCAGGGUGGAUGUGGAGGGACGCAAACAACAGGACUAACAGAGAUUGAACUGAACCUCUGUUUGUUCAGUGGUUUCUUAAUACUGGGAGAAACAAAGUCACUUUGGCCGUCGUUAUUCCUUAAGGAACAUAGGCUGUAGAGAAAUCACUUCCAUCUCUUUUGUCCUGCGGCAGCAGACUUGAAGAACCACAUUGUCUGGCGUCUGCCUUACAAAGAGGAACAGAGUCACACAUGUAAAGUCGGGGCUCCACAUGUGUCAGAAGCCCAGUUGUUUUGAUUCUGUGUUUGAUGUAAUAUUGAGGAUUUCAUGGACAGCAGCUUUUAAGGAACAUUUCCCUUUUAUCUCAGAAUGUUCAGUACUUGUACCAGCUCACAGUGGGUUUAUGUUCAUACUGUCUGGAGACAUAAAGGCUAUAAAUGAAAGACUUAUCAAUGUGUCGUCAGGCAGUUUACAAAGUCACAUACAGAUGACAGAUUAUGAAACAUUUUGAUAUACUGUGUACAUCUGUUUUUAAUUUUAAGCUAAUUAUAUCCCACAUUGUACAUACAUGCAAUUUUAAUGUGUUUGCAAGAUGGGGCAAGAUGUCUUGCUCUGUAUAUCUUAAAAAGGAAGUGUCCAAUGAGUUGCAGAGAGCAUCUGGAAUUCAUUUACAUACACCCCUCCCCCCAUAACACUUCAGGAAUGAAACCAGAAAUAUUUUUCUAUUUUUGAAUGUGAAACUUUGUUGACAUUACUUUGUCAAGGUUACAAGAUUGUGUAUUACUCUAUUUUAGUUGAAAUUGUGUUUUGUACAUGUGUCUUGUUUAAAUUAUG